GCUAUAUAAUAAUCUAUAUAUAGGUUUAGGUUCUAGUUUUCUUGCUGUGGUGAUUUUCUUGAAUAGUCCUUGCCUUCUCCUCCUCUUGUCCAUGCGAUUUUCACAACCAACUAAAGCUCCCUUUCUUUUCAUGUCUCAGCUUCUCGAUCAAAUUCUUUUUCUAUAGAUUAGACGUACACUACUGUUUUAACCUUUUUAUAUAUCCUUUAUAAGCACUCGCACACAUAUGCGAUCACCCCCUAGCUCACUGAUCGUCAUAAUUCGAACUCUUUUUUGCAGGCAGGCUCUCUCUUUUUCUCUCAUGGAUAGUAUUGGCUGUCUCACAAAAUCUAGUACCAUCACUAGCAACAACACAACCCUAAAACUAUUUGGCUUCAACAUUUCAGAGAACACCCCUACCGUACCUUUAGAUUCAAGCAAAUCUCCAUCUGGGUCACAAGAACCAGAGAGUAGUUUCCAAUCCUCCAAAGGGAGGAAAUAUGAGUGUCAAUAUUGUUACCGUGAGUUUGCAAACUCUCAAGCCUUGGGCGGUCAUCAAAACGCUCACAAGAAAGAAAGGCAGCUUUUAAAACGUGCACAAAUGCAAGCCACCCGCCGCCUGGCUUUAGCUUCCUAUGUUACCAUACCAAAUUCCAUGUUCUCGACGUUUAUUCCAUCGCCACCGCACCUCCUUGAUCCGGCUGUGGUUCCGGUGGAAGCAGCGAGGCAACAACACGCCCACUCUCCUCCAUGGUUUUACAAGUCCUACUUGGGCCGCAUGUCGCGUGACGGCCGAUACCUUAACGGGCCUCCUUCUAUUCCCGGAAGGUGUCUGGAUGGAAAGAGCAACUUGGUUUGCAGUGAGGCUGGGCUUCGUGCUAGAGCUUUUCCUGUGAGUGGAUUUGCUAGAGAAGAUGUUGAGCCUCAUCACCGUCACAAGGGAUUAGGCUUGGAUUUGCAUCUGUAGUGGUCUUGGACCAGAUAUGCAUCUAUUUUUAGCCUCUCUUGUAAUGAAUCUGUGCUGUGGUUUCCUCAAAAAUAUGAAGAAGGAAAGCCUAGAAGUUGCAGGCGGUACACUUUCCAACUUCCAGAAUUACUAUAUAUAGUUCAUCUUCAAAUUUUUCUUUU